AUGAUGUAUUCGCGGUUUAGAACCGUCGCCGGAAAUCUCAAUUGCACCGCGAAACGUUUCUCUUCAUCUUCCACCACCACCACAACUACCUCAGCCCCGUCUGAAUUACAGCAGAAUCUAGCAAGGCUGCGGGCUCGGCUGGCAACGGAGUCGCCGUCUCUGUCGGACUUCAUUUCCUUGAAAUCGGACAACGCCUACUCUGUUGAGGUCGGGACAAAGAAGAAACCUCUUCCGAAACCGAAAUGGAUGAAGGAAUCAAUUCCCGGCGGUGAGAAGUAUGUGCAGAUUAAGAAAAAGCUCCGUGAAUUGAAGCUUCAUACGGUUUGUGAAGAGGCAAAGUGCCCUAAUUUAGGAGAGUGUUGGUCAGGUGGUGAAACCGGCACUGCCACCGCUACUAUCAUGAUUCUUGGAGAUACUUGUACUCGAGGUUGCAGAUUUUGCAAUGUUAAGACAUCAAGGACUCCUCCACCACCUGACUCUGAUGAGCCCACCAAUGUGGCUGAGGCAAUUGCAUCGUGGGGUUUGGAUUAUGUGGUUAUAACAAGUGUUGAUCGUGAUGAUUUGCCUGAUCAAGGGAGUGGUCAUUUUACUGAAACAGUGCAAAAGCUGAAGGCACUGAAACCUAGCACGCUUAUAGAAGCCUUAGUUCCCGAUUUUCGAGGAAAUGCUGAAUGUGUAGAGAAGGUUUCCAAAUCAGGACUAGAUGUCUUUGCGCAUAAUAUCGAGACAGUUGAAGAGCUUCAGAGUGCUGUGAGGGAUCACCGGGCUAAUUUUAAGCAGUCUUUGGAUGUUCUGAUGAUGGCCAAAGAGUAUGCCCCUGCUGGGACACUCACCAAGACUUCAAUAAUGUUAGGUUGUGGGGAAACACCUGACCAGAUUGUGAAGACAAUGGAGAAGGUGAGAGCAGCUGGUGUUGAUGUGAUGACAUUUGGUCAGUAUAUGAGACCCUCAAAGCGCCAUAUGCCAGUAUCAGAAUAUAUUACCCCAGAGGCAUUUGAGAAGUAUCAGACUCUUGGCAUGGAAAUGGGAUUUCGGUAUGUGGCAUCUGGACCCAUGGUAAGGUCAUCAUACAAGGCAGGUGAAUUCUAUAUUAAAUCCGUGAUUGACUCAGAUCGGGCUGCAUCUUCCUAA